UCACUUUCGCUUUUGUUUCUCUCCUUAGGGAAAAAAAGGAAGGGUAAAAUUCAGAAAAACGAUAUUAUUUACAAAAAUUUAAAUUAAAAAGAUAAAUCAGUUAGGGUUUCCAAUCGAACCAAAUCACACUAGUUUUUUUCCCCUCAAUUCUCUGAUCGGAGCCCUAGAAUUUCACCCUUUGCAUGUGGCGGAUCUUCGCCAUUUUCGGUUUCUAGUUCGAUAAUUCCGAGGAAAAGAUCUGGAAAUACGUAUUUUGUGUGAACAUAUGAUGUGUGAUGGAAUAUGAAAUUUGGGGAAUUAUUUGUUGUUCGGUUAUUGAGUGAUUAUUGUAGAUGGAAAGUGGUGUCGAAGAAAAAUCUGGUGGUGGUUCUGUCGAGAAUUCGAAGAAACAAAGGUCUUUGGAUCUGCAAACACUGUAUAAGUUUGGGGAUUUGAAGAAGGGGAAAUUUUCUGCUGAGGACAGUGAUAUUGAUGUUAGGAAGAAGAAGAAGAAGAAGAGGAAGAGUAUAAAAGAGGUGUCAUUGGACAAGCCUGAGCCAUCUGGGAAGAAGAGUAGGACUAACACAGAUGAGGAUCAUGUGAAUGGGGGGGAUAGUGGGGGACCAGUUGAAUCGCAGUUAUCAUCAUCUGGGCUGGAGAAAAGGUUGAAUUACAGCAAUGGGUUGAAUGGAUUUUCUCUUAGUUUAGAUAGUAAUGGUAAUGCUAUUCCAAUUCCGAAGCGCCCGCGUGGUUCUGUGGGGCGAAGGAAGUUUGAUAGUAGUGGUCGAGGUUCACAGUUAUCAUCGAGGAUUCGGACUUCUGUCAUCGGAAAUGGCAAGUUAAAAAGUGAACCUGAGGAGACUGAGGGUGAUCAGCUUCCAAAAAAGCGGGCCUUUUCUGGUGGAGAAGCUAAAAGUGAUGAAGGGACUUCUAAAUUACCGAGUAGUUCGGCUGGCAAUGGUGUUACCGUCAAGGUAAAGAGAAAGAUAAGUGUUGAUGGAUCACGGGAAAAGAAGAAAGAUAAGGCGAGUUCAAUUCGGCAUGCUAAGGAAGAUGGUCAUGUAGCUGUAAAUAAUGGUGAAGCAUCUUCUAGAAAGCACCGGAGUACUCGUAACAAGAGAAAGGAUUCGUCAUCUACGAGUAGAAAAUCUGUAAAGAGGGGUUUACCAUCUGGAGAUAACUUCGGAAGCUUUUGUCAAGAUUCUUUGGAUGAUGAUGAUGAGGAGAACCUUGAGCAGAAUGCAGCAAGGAUGCUGUCUUCGAGAUUUGACCCUAGUUGUACAGGUUUUUCUUCCAAAAGCAGAUCUUCAGCAUCACUAUCUGCUGAACGAUUAUCUUCUUUACUCACUUCUGGUCAGGAUUUUGUUAGUCGGGAGGGGAAUUCCUUGGCUGGUUCAGAAUCUGCAUCAGUUGAUACUGCUAGCAGAGUUCUACGACCAAGGCAGAAGCUCAAAGCGAGGGGUAUUUCUAGGAAACGCCGUCAUUUCUAUGAAGUUCUUCCUAAGGAUUUGGAUGCUUACUGGGUAUUGAACCGAAGGAUUAAAGUCUUUUGGCCAUUGGAUGAGAGUUGGUAUUAUGGUCUUUUGAAUGAUUUUGACCCAGAGAGGAAACUCCAUCAUGUUAAAUAUGAUGACCGAGAUGAAGAAUGGAUAAACCUAGAAACUGAGCGGUUUAAACUCUUGCUUUUACCUGGGGAGGUACCUGGAAAAAAGAAAGUCAGGAAAUCUGCAAAUGUUAAGAAAAACAUUGACAAAAGAAAAUUAGACUUGACUGUAGAUGAUGACAGCCACCCAGGUAACAGUCUGGACUCAGAGCCCAUUAUAUCUUGGUUAGCUCGAUCAUCUCGUCGAGUAAAGUCUUCUCCUUCCAGGCCAUCGAAGAAACAGAAAUCGUUUCAGUUAUCUACCCCUGUUGUCUCAUCACCGCUACAUGCCAAAACUGAGAGCACAAACUGGAAUUUAGGUUCCUUGAACAACAGUAAAGGCAAGCCAGAUUGUGAUCUUUUGUUCCCUGACAAACUGAUUGAUCUUAGCAAGGCUGAGAAUUCUUUUGUUGGAAGUCAUAGCAGCCACAAAGAUAGAAAACCUGUUGUUUAUGUUCGAAGGCGUUUCCACAAGAAGAGGGAUGGACUAUUACCUGUGUAUGAAGCUGACAAAGCUUAUGGAGCUGAUAUUUCUACCGUUUCUGUUACACCAGCUGUGGAUGGAUUGCAGAACUGUAAUACCAGUAUUAUGUGCAUUCCUGGCCCUGAGAGAGAGAAAUUAUUGCCUGCAGUUAAUGAUGUAGAGGUGCUAAGAUUAAACAUGCCAUUGCUAGAAGCUAAGCAAUUCAGGGUUGUAAUAUGUCUACCCACAUUGCCUUUGUUGCUGCUUGAAGCAGAACAGAUUUGGCUGUCUCACACUGUUUUGCUGCUGCAGCGUGGUGCCAUUGUGAUAAGGUGGCCAAAAAUUAUUUUGGAGAUGCUUUUUGUUGAUAAUGCAGUUGGGCUCAGGUUUCUUUUAUUUGAGUGUUGCCUCAACCACGCCAUGGCCUUUAUUUUCUUUGUCCUAACAUUAUUCAAUCAAGCUGAUGAAGCAUGGAGGUUUGAAAGUCUUCAGUUACCUGUAACUUCAGUAAGGUUUCGGCUUUCUUCUAUUCAGGAUUCUAGGAAGCAGCAGUCUUUUGCAUUUUACUGUUUUUCUAAACUCAAAUAUUCAAAAUGGUUAUACCUGGACUCCAAGCUUCAGAAACGUAGUUUGCUUGCUAAGCAGCUGCCCCUCUCCGAGUGCACAUAUGAGAAUAUCAAGUCCCUCGAUUGCAGAAGCGAGCAAUUACAGUUCAAUGCUCAUGCAGAACCUUCCUCAUUUAAGAAGAAGUUAGUGCCAGCUUGCCUGCCCACAGGCACCUCGACAGAGUGUUCCAGUGCAAGGCUUACUAGUUCUACUUUUAGUUCUGCAAUGAAGCUCGGAAGAAUUCCUCCUUUUGCUCUAUCAUUUACUGCUGCACCCACUUUCUUCAUAUGCCUACAUCUCAGGUUACUCAUGGAGCGCAACUUUGCUUGUGUUAGCCUUCAGGAUUAUGAUUCUAUAAAUGCUUGCCAGCCAGUUAAAGAUGACGGCAGUAGGGUGGAGUGCUCUGAUACCGCUGAGAAUAUUGUAGCUUCAUCUACUGGAGUUACUGGAGGGUCAUCAUUAGCUGAACGGAAACUGGGGAGUUUAGCGUGUAAACAACAGCUGAGUGAACGUGUUUCAUUGAAGUCAUCUCAAAAUUGUCAAUUAGAUAUUACCCCGAGCUCUUUCAUUGCCAAACAUUCUGAAUUGGGCACGUCUGAUGUGAUUGUUGUGUCACACAAAUCGGAAUCUGUUGGUCAAGGAUUAGACCAGUUUGUUGCAUCUCCAGGGAGAAGGCAGUCUAACAAUAUAUCUCACAGCUUGCCCAGUGCUCGGUGCCAUUCUGGAUUGGUGGGGAUGAGUGUUGUAAUUCCAUCAUUUGACCAAGUAGAGGGACUAUCGGAAGGAAAAGGAAUUAUCUUGGGCGAGGCAUCUCAUUUGACUCUGAAUAAAAGUGAUGGCAUGAUUUCUAGCCCAAACCUAACUGUUACUAGUAAUGUGGUCCAAUGUCCCAUUAUUGCUGGUAUGAGUGAUCGCAUGGUCCAGAGCCCCAACCCUUCUGGUCCUAGAGGAUUGCUGUGUCGUAACAGAAACAGCUCGAGUUCUUCCCCUUUUGGAGAAAUUUCACCUGUGUUGGUUGAUGGGAAGACAAAUUUUACACGUGGUGGAUUUGGCAAUGGGCCAAAGAAACCUCGAACGCAGGUGCAGUACACAUUGCCAUACGGAUCUUAUGCUUUGGGUUCAAUGCACAGAAAUCACAGCCCACGAACUCUUCCUUACAAAAGAAUCAGAAGAGCUAGUGACAAGAAGAAUGCAGAUAAUUGUAGUGGCUCACAGAGAAAUAUUGAGUUACUAUCUUGUGAUGCAAAUGUGUUGGUCACUGUUCCGGACAAAGGGUGGAGAGAAUUUGGAGCACGGGUGGUCCUGGAAAUUGCGGGUCACAAUGAAUGGAGAAUUGCUGUCAAAUUUUCUGGGGUUACCAAGUAUUCAUAUAAAGUUCAUAACAUUUUGCAGCCUGGCUCUACCAAUCGCUUUACACAUGCCAUGAUGUGGAAAGGGGGAAAGGAUUGGGUCCUGGAGUUUCCUGACAGAAGCCAGUGGAUGUUGUUCAAGGAGAUGCAUGAAGAGUGUUAUAACAGGAAUAUACGUGCUGCCUCAGUUAAAAACAUUCCUAUUCCUGGUGUUCGUUUGAUAGAAGAAAUUGAAGAUUAUGCAUCAGAAGUCUCCUUCAUUCGCUCUUCACCAAAGUACUAUCGACAGGUUGAAAGUGAUGUUGACAUGGCCAUGGAUCCGUCACAUAUAUUAUAUGACAUGGACAGUGAGGACGAGCAGUGGUUGUCCAAGAAUAAUUUCUCUUGCUCCGGUGAGAGUAAAUGUGAAGAGAUAUCUGAUGAAUUGUUUGAGAAGACGAUGGACAUGUUUGAGAAAGUUGCAUAUGCCCGUCAACGUGAUCACUUUACACCCGAUGAGCUGGAAGAGCUGAUGGUUGAUGUAGGGUCCAUGGAAGUCGUUAGAUCUGUUUAUGACCAUUGGGGGAUUAAGCGUCAGAAAAAGGGCAUGGCAUUAAUACGCCAUCUCCAGCCCCCCCUUUGGGAGAGGUAUCAGCAGCAACUGAAGGACUGGGAGCAAGCAAUGUCAAAUGCUAAUCUUGGCUUUGCCAUUGUAGGCCAGGAGAAAGCAGCUUCCGUGGAGAAACCACCUAUGUCUGCAUUUUGUUUGAAGCCUCGAGGUCUGGAGGUUCCUAACAAGGGCUCAAAACAACGCUCACAUAGAAAAAUCUCAGUUUCAGGACACAGUCAUGCUGUCCCAAGGGAUCAAGAUGGUCUUCAUCCCUUUGGGAGAAGAUUAAAUGGAUAUGCACAUGGAGAUGAGAUGGUUGUGUAUCAGACCCAUGAAUAUUCAGAUGGUUCCCCUAUGCUUCAUCCGUCACCCCGAGUUUUUUCUCCACGAGAGGCUUCUGGGUUUUUUUCCUUGAACUCAGAUGUGUCAGAUUGGAAUCAUCAGCCAAAGUUUUAUAGGAACAAACCAAAGAAGAUCGGGUCAUUUCACUCUCUUAGUAAUAGACAGAUGGUGGCUUCAUAUGAUCAGAGAACUGUUGUGAAGCGUAAUGGGGUUCAUAGGUGGAAUAUGGGCUUACCUGAGUGGCCUAGUCAAAAGCAUCAACCUGAAGGAUCUCGUGGGCUUGCAAUUGAGCAAUUUGACAGUUCAGAUCUUCAUGAAUUCAGGUUGCAUGAUGCCUCUGGAGCAGCACAGCAUGCUCUUAACAUGGCUAAACUUAAGAGGGAGAGGGCCCAGAGGUUACUCUACAGAGCUGAUCUAGCCAUCCAUAAAGCUGUUGUUGCUCUCAUGACUGCUGAGGCAAUCAAAGCUGCUGCUGAGAGCACAAACGUUGAUGGUUAGCUUGUCUCUGAAUAUAUGAUUGCCAGAAUCAAGUUACCUGAUCCGUGCUAAUGGCAUGUCCAGCCUAAGUCAUCAUCUACCCUUGGGAUGCGCUAAGUUUGCAAAAUGACGAUGGUAUGGCAUCCGUCAUUGUUAAUAACAUUUUGCAAGGAUAUUCAACGUAGGUGGCUGGGGCAGUCUUGGUAGAAGAAUUUUUGUUUCUGCCUUAGUCAUGAUGCAUUCUCCAAUUAUACGUCAUCAUAGUCAAGGCAGUUUUGGUACAUAGUUUUUAGCUUCUCUUUGCCCACUAGUGUUCCGGGGAGCAGGUUUUUCCAGUUCAUUGCAACGGUAGGGCUCGUGCCGGUAAGGGGUGCAGGGAAUUUUGCUACGCUGAUCAUUGUACAGAUUUUAUCAGUGUUUCCUCUUCUUUUAGCUUCUUUGUUUUUGGUUGACCCACUUAACCUUAGCGUAGUGCCUGAUCCUGAAGGAGCAAUUGUCCGAAAUAAUAUAAUACGUCUCUUGAAAGUAAAUCACAAAUUUGAGUUUGGGCUAUGGAGCAGCUAUUAUUUGUAUUUAAGGAGAGCACCUUAUUUGGAAAACAGAGGAAGGAUAUGGCUGUAAGUAAUUAUCCCAUUAAAUGAGGCAUUAAUCUUUUGCUUCUAGAAUUCACAAUGAAGUUCGAAAUGAUGUCAAAUGUUUAUAUUGGCAGCAUGCGGAUAGUUGCUUUUGCUUGAUCUUUCUAUGAAGUGCAUGAAGUUCUCUAUUUCAAUUCAAUUUUUGUAUGACAGGCAUUUGAAUGUGUUGGUACCAGUUGGUGUAUAGUUAAUUUUCUGUGAUACGCACAUACAUGUAAA